AUGUGGACAGAGGCAGCUACAACCAGGAUAACGCUAAAUGCUAUUCGAUGCAUUGUCCUUAUUUGUUUCCUGUUGCCGUUUCUCUUCAUCAGUUACACAACUGUGACACUCUCUCGACAACUGUGGAUUAUUAUCCUGUUUUGGCGCUACCCUUGGCUGAAAAGGACCAAAGUGCACGGCAUUAAAAGUUUCGUCGAUCGAUCCCGAAACCCCGAGGUGCUAUGUGUACUGAUGGAGAUGGAAGGAGAAAUUGAUAUUGUGCAGCUGAGGGAAGAAUUUUUGCAUCAUAUCAGCGAUUGCAGCAGCAGCCAUAUGCGGCUCUGCUUACCGCAAUUCAUUCUACCAUUCAUGUCUUGCUGGAACAAAUACGCUUGGCUGAAGGGCACCAGCAGUGCAGAUGAGCAUAUAGUACUGGCUCAAGCCAUACAGCGGGGAAGACCGUUGAAGGAAUUGAUGUGUUUAUUAAACAUCACCAAUGCGACUACCAAUGCCACCAGCAGUAAAGAUAAAGAUCCGUUGAUAACGAGCUCCAAGCCAGCCCUCCCGUGGCAAAUUGUGUGCAUUCCCGUAGUGACUGAUUCGCCUAACGACUGCAAUGAAAAAUGCAUCGCCUCCAAUUAUUUACUCUAUGCAAUCGACCUUAAGCUGCUGAAUGAGGCGGAGAAACGUAACCUAAGCUAUAUCCCUCUGAACGGAUACCUCGAACGAGCCGAAGAGACAAUGGACAACGUGUUGGCAAAACCUUACUACAUCCCGCGUCUGUGGAAUUACAUACUUUCCUCCAUUCAUUACCGUUGGAACGAGUUUGUCUAUCAACACGAUCCGCUCGAAUCACCCGACAUUGACCGCAAACAGUACACGGGAAUGGGACAACUGCUUUCGGCACUGUGCAUUUCCAUUGUGUACGUGUGUGGAGACUUCGUUUGCUCUUUUCGCUCGAUCAAGGGUAGUCCUUUGGAUAAGAUAGACUACCUUCAACGGUUAAUCGAGCGCGAGAUAGACAAACGCAAUUUUACGCUCCGUACAAUCUGGGACACCUUCCUACAGUCGAUCGAACCUAUAAAUUUACUCAAAGAAGCUACGUUUUUGGUGUGGAAAAUUGUUGCUUCCAUCACACUCAUGGUACCUUGGUAUGCGUGGAGGGAAUCCGAAGCUUUGCUUUUGUACCUUUCAAAGGCAGCGGUCAAUAAUGAUACGAUCGUAGGUUUCAUCAUCGAAUGUGUACCGAUCUGUUACGGUGUAGCAGUGGAGUGCUGGCGCAUGUUAUGGUUGCUUCUGGAAGUUACCUUGCAGCUUAAUGAAUAACAAACGGAAAAGUAUU